AGCACCAUGCAUCGCGUCGGUGGACAAAUUGUCCGCGGAGUGUCGAAGGCUCAACAGAAGAGAUCGCUUUCGGUGGCGGCUCCGGCUCCACCGAAAAAGGUCGAAGUCUUCAUCGACGACAAAAAAGUGCUCGUCGACCCGGGAAUGACGAUUCUCCAAGCGUGCGCGCUCGUCGGCGUCGACAUCCCACGCUUCUGCUAUCACGACCGUCUCUCAAUUGCCGGAAACUGCCGAAUGUGUCUGGUAGAGGUGGAGAAGUCGGUGAAGCCUGUCGCAUCAUGUGCGAUGCCUGUCAUGAACGGAAUGAAAGUCAAAACCAACUCGGAUUUCGUGAAAAAAGCUCGCGAAGGGGUGAUGGAGUUCAUGCUCAACAACCAUCCACUCGACUGCCCGAUUUGUGAUCAAGGUGGCGAAUGUGAUCUACAGGAUCAGGCGAUGAAUUUCGGAUCCGAUCGUGGGCGGCUUCAGUCGAGAUUCGAUGGAAAACGGGCUCUCGAGGAUAAGAAUAUCGGGCCGUUGGUGAAAACUGUGAUGACUCGAUGUAUUCAGUGUACUCGAUGUGUCCGAUUCGCUAAUGAAGUGGCCGCUUUUCCGGAUUUCGGCACCACCGGACGAGGACAAGAUCUUCAAAUUGGCACCUACGUCGAGAAAUUUUUUGCUUCAGAGCUCUCUGGGAAUAUUAUCGAUAUUUGUCCGGUCGGAGCUCUUACCAGCAAGCAGUACGCGUUUACGGCCCGGCCCUGGGAGACUAGAAAGACUGAAAGUGUUGAUGUGAUGGAUGCGACCGGAUCGAAUAUUGUGCUUUCGCAUCGGACUGGCGAGCUUCUGCGGGUUAUUCCGAAAAUCAACGAUGACAUUAACGAAGAAUGGAUCGGAGAUCAGUCGCGUUUCGCAGUGGACGGCCUAAAAGUCCAACGCCUUCUCACACCAAUGAUCCGCGGUGCCGACGGUCAACUCAAGCCAGCCACCUGGGAAGAGGCUCUUUUCACCGUUGCCGCCAAGCUCCGCGAGACGCCAGCCGAGCAGAAGGCCGCCGUCGCCGGAGGCCUGAAUGACGUCGAGUCCCUGGUCGCGCUGAAGGAUCUGUUCAACCGAUUCAACAGCGAAAACGUGAUGACCGAAGAGGAAUUCCCGGAUGUUGGUAGCGGUGGCUCGGAUCUUCGUUCCAACUACGUCUUCAACGAUGGGAUCGCCAGUGUCGAGAACGCCGACGCCAUCCUUCUCGUCGGAACGAAUCCCAGAUUCGAGGCGCCGACGCUGAACGCAAGGAUCCGUAAAUCCUUCCUGUACAGUGAUGUUCAGGUCGGAGUGAUCGGAGCCGAGACGGAGCUCACCUACGAAUACGAUUACCUCGGAGCAUCUGCAAAAGCUAUCGAUGAGAUCCUUGCCGGGAAGGGAGACUUUGCAAAGAUCCUCUCAUCUGCCACCACCCCCCUGAUCAUCGUCGGAGCCCAGGCGUUGAAGGGAGAAGCCGGUGCGGCGCUGCUCGGGAAGCUUCAGCAGCUCGCUGAUAAGCUCGGCUCUGGGAAGGAGGUGAAAGUGCUCAAUGUUCUUCAACGAUGGGCCGGUCAAGCUGGAGCUCUGGAUGUUGGAUACAAAGCAGGCACUGCCGGGAUCCGAAAGACGCCGAUCAAGUUCUUGUACCUUCUGGGAGCCGACGAGGGGAAGGUCACCAAGGCGAACCUUGAUCCAUCGGCAUUUGUGGUCUAUCAGGGACAUCAUGGAGACGCUGGAGCCGAGAUGGCUGAUGUUGUACUGCCAGGAGCAGCUUAUACGGAGAAGGAGGGAACCUAUGUUAACACUGAGGGAAGAUCACAGAGAGCCUACCCAGCUGUGAGCCCACCAGGAGAUGCCCGUGUCGAUUGGAAAAUUAUUCGAGCCGUUUCUGAGGUUUCCGGCAAAUCGCUGCCAUACAGUGAUUUGAAGGAGAUUAGACAGCGAUUGAAUGAGAUCGCUCCCCACCUCGUCCGCUACCGCGACCUCGAAGCCUCUCCAUUCGUCAAACAGGCUCUUCAGCUGGCACAACCCACCGGCUCAAUCGACGUUGACGUCUCCCCAGUGCUCCGUGAGCUCUCCGACUACUACCAGACGAAUGUGAUUUCACGCUACUCGCGCAGUAUGGCUCAGGCUCGCAAGGCCGCCAUCGAGAAUAAGACGAAUCCGUAUGCUGAGGAGCCGGUGUACGCAAGACUCUGAGUUCUGGAUAAUUGAGAUUUUCUAUUUUUUUUUUUCGUUUUUUUUCUCAGCUCCCAGCUCCCCCCGAUUUUUACACCGAUUUUCAGUGAUUUUCCCUAUUUUUUAAGCUUGAAACUCAAAAACGGUCUGAAAAUCUUGUAGAUUCUAGUAGUUCGAAUUUCGUUUUCUGUUUGUUUUUGCUCCAUCUCGCAGAGCCCCAGAUAUGUGUAUUGUAUUGGAAAAAUCAAGAAAAAAUCGAUAUUAGUUUA